GUUAGAAUCGUUGCGUCGGUUGAUCGCACCGCCAAUUCCAUCAUGUUGGACUUUAUGGAAUACUGCCUUCGGCGGUAUUACUACUCUAUAAACUGGAGAGAGGACCAAUACUCUACCCUUUUGACCGACUCUCGCCGAUUACUAGACUUUGCCGUUCCGCAUGGCUUUAGCAUUACGUUAGGCAAGACAAUAUCACCAGUGUUGAAAGGGACCUACACACUAGGGAUACCCAACAUUCGCUCUGUGGGAUUUCUAUUUACUUCGGCACCACUGGAUUUACCGCCGAUGCACCUCAAAGACGAGGGCGGCUUGACCCCGAGCUGUGUAGACGAUCUAAAGGUCUAUGGAGCAGCCAGAAUAAAUAGUAGCAUACCGGUCGUUCCCUCGACGCACGAGGCGAUAAAGUCCUCUGACACUGGAAACUAUUUGGUAUAUGGACGACUGUUUGAAGACCUCCGUUUGGAAGCGCUGUACAGCAAAUCCCUCUCGCGUAAUACCCUCAUCGUUGCAUCUGGCGUGAAUUCCUGGAAGCCCAGAGCGCCAAACUCCUCUAGCUCGGUGAAUACUCAACUGCUCUAUUCGAGCUUGUCAUACAGCAGUGAACUCAGUUACAGCUCAGACGACCAUGUUAUCGGUUUGAGCGGGCUCUAUCGGUUCUCCGGCUCGAACUGGUCUGCUGGUUCGGAGGUUUACUACACUGCAAAGGAACGAAGUGGUGGACUCUCCCUCGGAGCGCGAUACAAGAACCCAUCCAAGCUUGACGCUCCAGCGGAACCCAAAACUGUUUUGACAUUUCUCGCAAACCCAAUGAUGGGACAUGUAAGCGCGAGCUAUGCAACGACAAUACGAAAGAAUCUUACGAUGGCAACACGGUACGACUUCAACGUGUACAGUUAUGAAGCGGAUCUGGUGCUUGGAGUUGAGUAUGCUCCUCCUGAGAAGGAACAACUUGUAAAGGCAAGGGUCAGCCUAUCUGAGGGUCUGGCAUUGAAACUGGAAGGCCAGUACAAAAGAGCAUUAUUUAGCAUUGGACUAAUGACACAGUUUGUUCACAAUCCACGACGGUCAAUCGGGAUAGAACUGCAAAUCUCUUGAUAUCCCUUGCUCAUCGUUGGCCCUUCAAAACCUCAACCACCAACGACCUUCACAAGGGCCGCUUCUGCUCUCCUUAACCACUCCGCGCACAUAAUUGUUGUUAGACGCUCUCCAUACCUACAGGCCCACUUACUACCGACUACCCCUGCUUUGUGCUAAAAGCGAAUCAGAACAAUAACUACCCGAGACGCUUCAUGCACAACCGCGUAUCGAUCAUGUAGCAUAAUCACAAGAGCACAGUUUGGAAACAAUUUUCCUCUAAGUUCGAGAUUUCACGAACGCACAAGAAUGGAAACAGUUCUAUCUAAUCAAUGAAUAUGAUGCAAUGCUGUCCUGUACAUAAAGAUUAUCACACGCUCGGAGCCUUCUUCGCUUGAGCAACAUCUGGGGGAACGUCGUCCAUCAUAUCGGGUGCCACUACAUCGGAGAGGCCGGCCAAUUUCCGGGUCAAUUUAAUCAUGGUGGCUAGUUCAUGAUCCUUGGCCAAACCAUGCGCCUGCCAUCUAAUACGACCUUGUGAAUCAACCAAGUUCACCCAACCUAGAACAUUAUUCGUCAUCCCCGCAGAACGUCGAGCAUCAGCGAUGGAGGAGUAGUGUAGUAGAUAUUUAUCCUAAACGGGAUGUUAAUUUAAUCGUUGAGAAAAUAUUGAUGGCGAGUAGAACACAAA